CAGGUCGUCGAAGAAAAGGAGUUGCACGGCGUCGCGGACGGCAUUCACCACCCGCAAUUGGAGCGUGGUGGGGUAGUUGAAAUCGGAAUGCUAAUGAUCGUAUCCAGUGAUCGUAGCACAUGUAGCCCCAGGCAAAGUGAUAAAAUAUAAACAGGGCCGUCGGUUGCUCAGGGAAUUCAGGGGGAGAGGUGAUAGGCGCAUCGUAAAUGGCGUCGCGGGUUGGCAGGGGGAAGGAGGGUUCACCUGUUUCACAACCUGCGUAACGUAGCCGUGUCACGUGACCCGUUAUUCUCUUUUCGAAUACACUUCCACUCCAACGAUCACUGAGUGUGCCAGCCAGCAGUCAAACCGCGCCCAAUGAAACAGCAGGAGGCAGCGGGCGAAAGCAUCAUCAGGAAUAUCGUGUGAAAACGAUCAAAAACUUAUCCACGCCAUCCUCAGUCGCGCGUGAGUGGUUCGCUCCCGAUACAGUGUAUGUGUGGUGUAAACAGUAAACAAUAUUCGAUCAUUAAUUGGAUGCAUCGGAUAGUUUUUAUACCUGGAUUUCGAUACGCAGCUUCAUUUAUUUCAAUCGUAUAACGGUAAUUGUUGUGCGGGAAUAAGAAUAUUAUUUGCAUGUAUUUGCGUCGCCAUGGCGCGUUCAACUUCCAUGGUGUCCCGUCGUCUUCCUCAUACCCAUAGAUUGAUAAAUCAGAGGAUCUAUAAAAAGUGUUCGUGAUCAUUAUAGCUUGGAUUUUGAUGAUUGACAACGUAACGUAACUUCGACCGUCUCAUUCACGGUGCGUGAUUCAUCGUCGUUUCAAAAAAUUCCAAGUAUCGCAGUAGACGAAGAGAUCGGAGUAAAGAUCAAGCUCGCUGGAUCAGAACGAUAUUUGUAUAGCUAUAUCCCAUCCUGGGGAUGGAACGUUCUAAUAAUUACGGACGACUAUGAUCAAGGAUCUUUUUAUUGCAAUCAUGAGGACAAUUGAUAAAAGUUUAUCUUCCUGCAUAAAGAGAAAUUUAUUUUUAAAAAAAGAAGACGUACUAUUCGCACUUGUUGCGUAGAUCAACGAGUUUUAUUUUCAAAUUAUUAUAUAAAAUCUGUGCAGUUACUUAAAAGUAAUUUAUAUCCGUCCUUUAACUCAGUACAAUUAUUGCGGUAUAAGUAAUUAGGUUUUUCUACAAUCUACGCCGAUCGGUAAAAUCCUAGAAACGUAUUUGAAUAAAAUUCAUGCAUUCCACUUACCGAGUUGGAAAGUAACAGCAUUCUAGUGUAAUAAUUUAAAUAAUCCAAGUGAUCUCAAGUUCUCUUUUUUUGGCUAUAACCGAAGAGGCAAAGGACAAUUUUAUAUCGAAGUCACGAUGUUCGUUUCACACGUUUUGGUAAUCUUCGCCUGUUUGUGUUCCGCCCGGAAUUUGAGGGCCCAACAAUUUUCCGACUCCACGGAUCCCACGAUAUAUUACACGGAGCCGCAGAACAACGAUAAUAACAGGGUGACCGCCGAUUAUGGAAUAUCGGGAUUCACCGAAUUACCCGGGGGUCGUAUUACCAGGGGUGAAAGGUUGCUGGAGAAAUCACGGAGUCCUUACAUCGUUCGUGAAGAUCUCUUCGUCGAACGAGAUGGAUCGCUCGUUAUUGAAGCUGGAGUCGAGAUCCGGUUCGCACCCAUGAUAGGGAUUACCGUCCGUGGAGUCAUAAAUGCUCAGGGCGCCCCCGAACACCCGAUCGUGUUGACGACCGCAGAGGAGCCGUCCUCUCGGCCCGAACCCAGGUCGAUUCGACUGGUGGACGGGCCGAGCCCUCUCGAGGGACGACUGCAGCUUCUCCAUCAGGGCGAAUGGCGUUCCGUCUGCACGAAUUCUCGAAACUGGACUCGAGCGGAUCUGGAAACAGCUUGCAGAGAAUUGGGAUUGCAAGGAGGUCGAUGGCGUGGCUGGUUGGACAGACAGUGGCCGGCGAGACCUCGUCUUCUGUACGAGCAGCCGGGAUGCCGCGGCACCGAGUCAUCCCUGCAAAGUUGCGACCUGUGGUCUUACAGGCAGCUCGGUGCCGGGGUAUGCGACUAUCAUCCGGAUCUCGCGAUUUCCUGCCUUCCACGUCACGACGGUGGCACCCAAGCCGUCAAACAUUGGCGCGGUCUCAGAUUCGAGGGCAGUCUUUACGACACGCCGCUUAUCCAAGAAAACACCAUGUACAUCUACAGAUCGAAAUCCAUCCUUCGACACGUCGACGUCAAAUACGCUGGUACGGGGCGAGAAUACAACACAACGUCCGCGAUUCACGUCGAAGGUGUUCCGCCGCGUAUGGAGUCGGUGUCGGUUCUUCAUUCGGCGUUCAACGGAGUGAACGUCACCUCGCCAAACGCGCCGAUCGUCAUGACCAAUUGCACCGUGCGAAACAACAAGGGAUACGGGAUUUACGUGAACAGCUCCAGCGGUCUCGCCCUCGUGGAGAACUCCGUGGUACUCGACAACGGCGCCGACGGGAUAAAGUACGUCCACCACGACGAGAAACCCACGGAGAAGUUGGACAGAACGGACAAUCACGAUCUAUGUCAACUCCCCGGAACUACCAGUCAAACCUUUCCCAUAAUUAUUUUCAUGGAACAACGACGGUUCAAAUUGAAUUCGGAAGUCUGUACCAAACAUAUUUACACGAGACCCGGUCACGUACUGACCAUUCACUUUCUGCAAAUGGCGGCGGAACGGAACGACACAGCAACCAUCGAGAUCUACGACGGAUCCAGCGGCGGGGAAAGACUCCUGGCAAGUGUGAACGUUAGAAACGGAACGUUGCCUCAGAGCGUCACGACGACUCGUCACAAUCUGUACAUCAAAUUUACCGCGGAGGCGCGUUCGCCGAUGAUCGCCUUCGUCAGACUUUCGUCCGGCUACAAAAAAACCUACGAUUUGAACGUAACCGGGAGCACGAUAGCUGACAACAACGGGCGUGGGAUCGGGGUGGAGAAGAUUCGCUCGGGUCUGCAUAUCCACGAUACUUCGGUGUCGAACAACAAUCACGUGGCGGGGGUCCACGUCGUCGGGGCAGCGGCUGACAUAAACGUAACGGACAGCCGCAUAUCGUUCAACAACGGGGACGGGGUGAACGUCACCGUUUACGGUGGUAACAGGAACAUUUCCCGAACGAGCAUCUCUUCUAACCGAGGGUACGGCUUCGCCGUCUGGCUCAACGACAGCUCGCACUCGGAGUACAUUUCUUUCAACCAAACCACCGUAGUGGAGUACUCCGAGGUGUUCAAAAACAGGGACGUAGGCGUAUUGGUGGGAAAUUCAACGGGCGAUUCGUACGUCAAUAUAACGGGGAACUGGUUCAACGGUAGCUUGGAGGUGGCGGUUCAGGUUGAGUCGAGCUGGAGGCACGACGGAAAUCUACUCAAGCUACAAAUCGGCCAUAACGUGUUCGUGCAAAAUUCCAAGCUCGGCAUAAGACUGAGCCCAGCUCUGAACAUCGAUGGGUGUAUAGAGUACAAUCAUUUUCGAGAACAUUCGUACGGCGGUAUACUUGUGCGAAAUCCACUUUACGAGGAGUUCGACACGCUACCCGCGACACUGGCUAUUCAGUACAACGAAUUUUACAACAAUCGCGGUGUAUUUGUAGUCAGUAUCGGACUUUCGCCCUACAGCGAUGUCCAGAGGCUGGUAUUCACGAGGAAUUUCGUGAGAGAUAAUCGAAUUCGCGAACCGCUCGAUAACGGGGAUACACAGGGAAUGAGAUUGAUACCGAGGUCGAAAGUAGCGGCCGCCGUAGUCGUUUCGUCUGGGAACGUUGAUGUGUUCAGGAAUAUUCUUCACAAUCCCGAAUCACUUUACGAGAUUGGCUCUCAAUUGGGCGACCAGAGCAAAGUUAUCAACUGUACGUACAAUUGGCUUGGAUUUGCCGAAGAGCAGAAAAUAGUCGAACGAUUAUUUCACAGGAAGGACAGGUACAAUUUGGCAAAAAUUGAGUACCUGCCAUACCUACUUCACAGCAGUAACCCAGGUGCGAACACGAUAAUAUCGAAUCCCACCUUUGUUCCUCAAUUUCACACUCCGGGUACAAAUUUGGUCGGCGGUGAGGUGGAUGGUCAGGAGAGUUUGAGCGCCGGAGAGUACGUAGUCGUGCGAGAUAUAAACGUCAGACCCGGUGGUAAACUGACUCUACGGCCAGGAGUUACGCUUCGAUUUCCACCCGCUGUUGGAAUGAUGGUAGCCGGAAAGCUGGACGCGAGGGGCAAGGGUCCGAGCGAUAUCCUGUUCACCCUGAAAGAGGAAAUCGUUAACGAGGUCGACAAUGAAACCGACAUCGAGAAUCUCACCGAAAUGGUGAUGCUGGACCCGAUUGACACGGGCCCGCCCGUCAGACUCCUCGGGGGCCGGACAAAUCUUGAAGGCAGAUUGCAGGUCCGCAUAGGAGAGCGGUGGGGGACGGUGUGUAAUUACGGAUGGACGAUCCGGGAUGCCGCGUUGGUUUGUCACCAGUUGGGCUUGGCGUUGGAUCCGGACAAUUGGAACAUGGAACGAUCGGAGAUCCCCGGUGCCGGUACCAACGAGGAUAUAAUUCUGAGCAACGUUCGAUGCACGGAAGACGAUAUCGACAUUACUCAAUGUCGGGCGGAGACGGCGAACGAAUUCGAAAAUUCCUGCACUCAUGAAAAUGACGUCGGUGUCAUUUGCUCGGAGGCUGCCUGGGCUGGUCUCAGGUUCAGCCCUUUGGCCCAGAGAAGCGACCUCCAGUACAUAACCAUAGAACGAGCUGGUUUACUCGAUUUUACUACCAACGCGUUGAAACCCGCGCUGCAAAUUGAUUUUGCCAGACAUUCGAUGGAUGGCAUAAAGGUUGUGGAAAAUCUGCAGGACGGACUUGGGAUUUUGUACUCCGACAUUUAUUCUGCUGACGCAGUGAAUACCGUCAGGAACAGCGAUUUCUCGAAUAAUCGCGGCAGCGGAAUCAGUUUCAAACAGCUCGGUUUGAAAGUUUCAAAUUCCAGAUUAGAAAACAACAGAAUAGCAGGUAUCAGGCACAACCCUGCCCUAUCCGCGGUACAGCAAAGAGAAUUCGCUGGGUGGUUCGAUCGCUCGCCAGACAUGACCGUCGACACCCCUUACAAUCCCAUCGUCAUACCCCAAGACAGUGGUGACAUAGAAUUGGCCAAUGGUGAAACGAAGUACGUCGUCACCGCCAAGGGAGGCGGGGAGAAUCUCGAACGUUUGAUAAACAUUCAGUGUACACCGGGCUACGUAAUCGGUAUCCAGCUGUUGAAUCCCAUCCACAAUCGUAGCUCGGAGCAGAUAAUCCUCCACGACUCUCAGCAUUUGGACCAUCAAGGCAACAUUUGGCACGUCGAGAGGGAUCUCACCGUCUUUCCGGUUACCUCAAGUUCGUUCAAAGUUAUCAUGCAAUAUAAGAGUGGCCGUAAUUCCCUCGGUGGCACGGUCAUUGUACUCACAGCACUCAUAGCUCCCAUUCAGGAUAUUCGUAAUCGAAUCGUUCAGGGGCCCAUCCCAACGCUGCUCGUUGCGAACACAAAAAUCAAAGGCAACAAUCAGGGUAUCAUGGCGUCCUAUUACAACCGUUACCUGGAUGAGAUCGGCGAUCAUUUUUUGCGAAAAGCAAAUGAAACGAUAAAAUUGAUCAAUUGCGAGAUAUCCCACAACAGGGAACAGGCGAUCUACGUAGUGGCGCCUCAUUGGAACGUAUUCGAGUCAAACGUAUCGGAGAUUUCGUUCCACGUGAAUAAUACACUGAUCACCGACAAUGGGAAAGGGAUAUUGCAAUUCAGCCGUGAUUUGAGGCAUUCGAACAACCUGUUCCACUGGCUCCUACAGGACAACACCAUCGAGAGGAACCGUGCCGGUGGAUUCGAUGUUACGCUACCGUACGUCUGGAAAUACAACGAAAACUUUACGCACUCGUUAUACUUUGGUAAUAAUACAUGGCGCGAUAACGAACAAUUCGGUUUCAUCGUAGACGGUCAUUUUGCCAAUUUGAAUAUGACGCAGAACGUGUUCGAUAACAAUCGUUGCAAGACAGGGCUGAUGUCCAUACGUGGAAUGGAAAAACGCAUAGAAAUUGACAACAACAGAAUCGAAAGAAACAGUGGCACCUACAUGGUAGAAUUCAAGGCUGACAGUCAGUCGGAAAUAUUGGGCGAGGUGCACGCGAGAUUUUUCCUCAACGAAGUCAAGCGGAAUCACUACGAGAGCAUGACCAGAGGUUUUCACCAGAUGUACAAUACGCCGACCUACGUGGUCGGUUUUCACGGUAUUCAAAAGGUGCGAGUCUUCAGAAAUCUAUUCGGAGAUAACACGUUGGACUACGAGCUAUUGGCUGGCAUCAAAACAGCUAAGAUAAAUAACGAAGUGGAUGUAAGAGAGAAUUGGUGGGGCACUGCAGAUUUUGGCCAAAUAAGGCAAAGGAUCUUCGACUUUGACGAUUGGAACGAUCAUGCGGUGGCGAAUUUCAGGCCCUACCUGACCGAAGAUACGGUAGACUCUUCGAUUUCGGUAUCGUGGGAACAACCGAUAUCAAUUGACUUGGAUAAUCUGGGCGGACGAUUGACCGAAACUCUUUCACUUUAUCCGCGCGAAAAGCCCUACGUCAUCCGAACAGAUAUCACCAUAAUGCCCGAUGCUACUUUGAACAUUUACCCCGAUGUCGUGAUGGAGUUUGCACCGAACAUUGGAAUCCUUGCUCUCGGAACGUUGAAAGCUGUUGGAUCCAGGGGCCAUGAAAUCAUCAUGAGACCCCUGAGUACGGAAAACCCGAAUCCCGAGGCCUCGGCAAAGCGAAGUUUGCGCAACAUACCACCCUUGGACAACAUACGAUUGUGCAAAGAAGGCAACUGCACAUCUGCAACCCACGAAGGUUUUUUGGAAUACUUCAACCACACAACGUUGCAAUGGAUCCCCAUAUGCGACUCACGUUUUACCGAACGUAACGCGCAAGUUGCAUGUCGCCAAUUGGGCUAUGAUCCGCUGAACGUUUUUGUAACCAGCGAUCGCAGAUAUGAGCUUCAUCAAGGCUCGCUAACUCGAAUCUGGUCGUGGCCGGAGCCCUUGCAGUGCGCUGGCAACGAGGAGCGUAUCGAAGACUGCCAAAUUCGAUUGAACGGGCAAUUAUUCGGGCACCGUUACGAGUGCCCGUGGGACGGCCAUUUCGUCUUCGUCAACUGCGGUGAAAGAAACCUGGACAUCUCACGCGAUUAUUGGGGCGGUAUUCGGAUAGCUAACGGAGAAUUCGAACACCAUUUGUACGAGCAUCGCAUCCACGACGUUGUGACGCACGGUACUGUACGGAGAAUUGAAUCCGUACUCAAGUACGUCAACAUCACUGGCGCCGGUAUUUUGCACAACGAAAAAUCGGCGGCUAUUCAAUCGAUCAUGAAAUCCCCGGAAGUUACUCACGUCAGCAUCGGUCAGAGCGCUUAUCAUGGAAUCAACGUUAUUUCCCCCACGCACACGAUUGAACUUUUGUUUAACGGGAUCGAUAACGUCUUGGGCAACGGUGUGAACGUUCUGUCGUUGACCGGAGAAGGUCGGGAGGGCGACGAGAGUUCAUUUGCACCGAUAAAAGCGUUGAACAUACCUUAUCAUUUGUUCAGCAUGAUCGAUAUCUGUGAUACCACGAAAGAAAUAACUAUAGAGGAACGAGUGCUCGUUUAUUACAAGUACGACAACAAUCCCGUCAAUUGCGUGAAAAUAUUUAGGAGUGCUUACAGAGCGAAACCGUUCGGAUUCAGAUUUUUGCAAUUCAAUCUGUUCAAUUCGACCGGGAAACCUGGUCGCGCCGAUGGAAUUACGUUGUACGAUGGAGACAUUUAUAACGUGACAGCUCGGGAAAUCGGGCAUCUGGAAGUCGAUACCGUACACGAAAAGCAAUUGUUCCGAACAACAGGCCCGAGUCUUAGCGUCAGACUGUUCGCCAAUGGUGCCAGCGGUGUUCACGGGUUUAUAGCAGAGAUCGUAACGUUGCCCAUAUCUGCAAUAGGAUUCAAUCGUGAUGUUCAACACAAUAUAUCGUAUUCGAUGAUAUCAAAUUGUCGCGAGGAGGCUGUUAGAUAUGCAAGUGCCGGAGAAGUGAAUGCAAUAAUGACGUUGGAGCGAAAUCAAAUUAUAAACAACUGUGCAAAGCUCUACGGCAAUAUAACGACAUGUAAAGCAGCUGUUACAUUGGACGUCCGUAAUACACAGUCCAUUUAUUUUCGCAAUAAUCUAGUGCGAGGUAAUCAAGGUGGGGUGUUGAUCCGAGCGGCAUCCCACGGAUUCGCUACAUCUCUCAAAGGAUGGGUCCAUAACAAUUUGUUUACGGACAAUGUUAACAAACCUACAUUAUACGUCGAAGGACGACAGAGCAGUCCUUAUCAGGAAGUGACGAUAUUCCGAAAUUAUUUCACAAGAAACAUAGUACCGUACGAAAAUAAUAUCGUCUUAAAGCAGGUAGUCAGUAAUAUGACCCUGAAUUACUUGCACGGAAAUCUUGGAAUGCAUUUACUCGAGAUUUCCGGAUUCGAAAAAGUUCGACUGCCAAUAUAUCAAAGUACUGCGCACAACGGAUUCUACAAAAAUCUUGCCGUGGACAGGGAGAGUAGGAGCACGAUUAUCGCAGGCACACCUGGGCAACAAUACGUAGACAAUGCCUUCUUCAAUCCCGACAACGAUUACGAAAUGUCGACGAUGAACAGAUCGCGACUAAUCGACGAGGAAUGGUAUCAAAACCAAUUGGAAAUGUGGACAUCGCACGUGGAUGCGAGACACAACUGGUGGGGUUACAACGAAACCCUAGCCGUAGGUGGUAGGAUAAAGGAUCGCGAAGAUUCGCCGGAUCUUCUUCAGGUCGAUUAUCAACCGUUUCACAUGUCCAACAAGAGCGUUUUAACGGGCAAGUGUCCACCUGCCUGGGAACUGGUAGGGGAUACGUGUUACAUAUACAUAGGUGCUCCCAUGGACUUUUAUUCGGCAAGGGACUUCUGCAGGCUGGCGAACGCGUCGAUGCCGUUCAUAAUGGGCGAAUAUAUCGAGCUGUGGAAAUUCCUUAGAAAACAACAGACACGUUUCGAUUAUUCCGAACGUGUGUGGGUGCAGCAGUUGGAGAAAGUUGACCAGUGCACGAUGUUCACGUACCAGACGAUUGAAAUCGAUAACUGUAUGCAGCCGAACACUUUUAUUUGCGAAAUUGAUCCGAGAGUGUACAUCGACCCGUUGUCUUGGAGAAAAGACAUAGUCGCUAUCGGGGUAUUGAGUGCUGCCGGAAUAGCGUUGGGACUCCUAGCAGCCGCUGUUGCGUUGUGGGUGUCGAAAUCAAAGAGAAGACGAGUCGAACGUCUGGAAAGGCGCAACUCUAUCAGGCAAUCGUUACAUUCUCUUCGAUCUGUGGGAUCUACGUCGGGUUUUGCCGAGCUCGGUUAUAGAAGGAAACCAAUUUCCCGGCCAAAGCGGGAGAAAAGAGUGGUUCUGGUACCACCCAUGCAUCAGACGAAGCAAUCCACCGAUACGCUGAACUCCAGGUCCCUGGAUUACAAGAAAAUGAUGAACAGCGGCAGCAUAGAUUCCAUGGACAAGUCGCAGCUGAACUCGUCGAUGGAAGACAAUCAGAGUUACGACGUUUACGAAGCUCACAAUCCCCGCUACUCACCGGGCGCAAGAACCGGCGUUGACUUCAAAGGGAGCAGUUUGAAAAAGUAUAAUCAAACCGGGCGUCCGAUCGAUCCCGGUUUCGACCUUUCCUACAGAAACGAAGGUUUCAGGAAUCACUCGACCUUUGCUGCGAGGGACGAUAACAACGGAUGGCCGUCGGAGGGUAACGUCGGUGCCGCAACAGGUACGCCCGCUGAAAGUCCUACGGAACCGAUGAACGAGCUCUCUUACCUGAACAAUACCUCCACCUUGCCGUUGAAUUCGAGCUUGACGACCACCGAUUCCAUAACCGAUAUGAAACGCGAGCUGGAGGUAACGUCCGCGUACAGUCCCACGGUCGACUACCCCUCGGGUAUGGCCUACGAUAUCGAACCGUUGACUCCUGGUUCCGAACCGGUGCCGGAAUAUUUUACCCCCCCACCCCCGCACCCCUAUUAUUAUAACGAGGAGAGGCCUAGGAGCGAAGCUCUUCUUGACGCUAAUCUAGAUCAAGCAGAGGAUAAACCGUUACGUUCUAAAAGCGAGGCUUUACUCGAAACUAACUUUGACGUAUUCACGCCUACAGAACCGACGGAAUUGACCCAACUCUCGUUAGCGUCUCGCAGCAAAAGCCAGCCACUCGAAACGGCUAUGUAAAUCAAUCGUAUUAUAAUUAGCGUACAACACCACGUCCAUACGUCGCGUCGACGUAUUCGGUCAUUGUACAUAUUAGGUAUGCAUGCACGCGUCACACCUAUAUCCGUACCCUCGCGCGUACAUCUCACGGGCAUAACUGCAUAGAUCUGACAAUAAAAGAACCAAUCACAUCUAUCGAUACGUUGUGCGCGUGUUUCAAUCAUUUUUAUCGAACGAUCGAACUCAUUCCGUUCUCGCGGCUAUUUAUAACUUUAACGGUACUUUGAAAUUAUAAUAGUUAUGGAUUUGUUGAUCCGAUCGAUUUCAUAGGAAUGAUUCGCCCUCGCGCAUAGGAUCGCGAUGGCAAAGUUACGGCAGCCGUUUUCCAUCCGCUCGUAGACGCAAUAGAGGAGUUGACGUCUAUCGUUGGAGGGAACGCUUGCUUUCUCUCAUUUUCCGUCCAAAUUUCAUAACGAAUUCCUAAAUUGUUUCACCUCCGAGUUGUCGAUUAUGCACGCUCCACGUACCGAGGAGGUACGGGUAUAGGUAAUGCGCGAGAUGUAAAUGUGUAAUAGUUGUACGCUGGUACCAGCGGUGGGGUGGUAUGUUUCGAGUGCAAUUCAGAGCUUGAGUGCUUUUCUACUCAAUUGAACGGUACCGAACGGUAUUCAUAGGUACAUAAAUACAGGUAAAUAAUAAUUAGUGCUAAAAACGUCACAACGUCUUGUCUACCAUCGACGAGGUUUCACAAAAAGCUAUCGUUGCGCCGAAUAACGUAUUCGCACUUCUGAAAAAUUCUGCGGUACUAUAAUAGCGCAGGCCAGAGUUCGCUACGUCGAGUAUGUUCGGUACUCGGAUCACCGCAUCACCGAUGAAAUUUUCCCAUGAGAUUAAAAUCGAACACAGACGUUCCUCGUAGGACAUUAAUAUAGGUAAAUAUAGAAUAGUACAAAUCAGUGGCACGGUGCCUUUAUCUCGAUGCCUUCGAUUGACCGCGACGAAUCUUUCCAUUUUUAUAUGAUGCAUGUCGAUAUCUACGAUACACGAUUGGCCGAAAGCAAAUGCAUAAUAAAUUAGUACGCAUACCGAGCGCUCGGGAUGAAAUACUUACCGAUAUCAUGAAUGCAUGAUAAACUAGACGUAAGGCAACUACAACUGUAAUUUUUAAGUUUAGAAUUUCUAGAGUUAUAAAAAAUGCGUUUCGUCUAUAGUUAUUUAAGUAUCGUGUUGAAUUUAAGUAAUAAUUCCUCACUACUAUAAUGAUAAUACACACUGCCAAAUGCCUCGACGCGUUUAUUCUGUAAGAUAUGUAGUUAGGUAGUAGUUGAAAUUUAUCGUUCUUUUUCGAAGUUGUGAUAUACAAUACAUACCUGUAAACUCGUAACGAUUUCAAACGAGUAUAAUAAUGAUAAUAGCAUAGAUAUAUAUAUAUAUUUCCAUAAUCAUUCAUACGUUCAAUAUAUCUACGUUCAUACGUUAUUAAUGUGUCCUAAUUUUAAAAGUAAUUAUUAUUGAGCAGCUAUAGAUUUACAUAAUUUAAACAGAUAUUUUGUAAAAUUAUUAAUUUUCAUUUCAUUAUUAUUUCUGUUUUAUUUGUCCUAAUUUUUUUUUAUACAAUCGAAUAACGACGUUAGUAUAAAUACCUGAUAAUGAAUCACACUUAAAUAUUGUACAUGGUAUUGAAUACAUGAAAAUGAGCGCAUGUACUCUGCCGAUAUGUGUAUAACGUACUGUUUAACCAUUCAUUGGUGCAUGAACUUGUCCGUCCAUUAUAUUUAGUCCUUUCGCGACCGUUUGAUAAUAAAUGUUAUACACAUUAAUAUACCAUA